GGAGAGAGAGGGCACACACAUAAAACAAAAAAAAUCAGGAGAAGCUGAUAAGGUGCACUCGAGUGCAUAUUUGAGGAUUAGUUGGUUGUUGUGCUAAGUCAAGUGAGGAAGUCUCUUGUUGUUGCAAAAUGGUUACAGUGGUGGAUUCCUUUGCAAAUCUCCUUGAAACAGCUCGGGAUGUCUUCAAGAGGCAAUUCAAGGGAUCUCCUGACGUUGUUGCCUGUGCCCCAGGACGUGUGAAUUUGAUAGGAGAGCACAUUGACUACAAUGAUGGAUUUGUUCUUCCCAUGGCCCUUCCGAUGGUUACCCUAAUUGUGGGUUCCCGGAAUGGAAGUGCUUCCCAGGUUAAUCUUGUGACGCUGUGCGAGGGCGUGGAUGAGCCACGUCGGUGCACAUUUGAUAGCCACAAUGUGACCAAGGGAGCCCCUCAGUGGGCCAACUACGUCAAAGGAGUCUGCCAUCAUUUCCCACAUCCCAUUCCUGGCUUUAGUGCCGUGAUUGUUUCCAAUGUUCCCGUGGGCGGUGGUUUAUCCAGCAGUGCUGCCCUGGAGGUGGCUACAGUCACCUUCUUGCAAGGUCUUACGGGUCACAAAAUCCCCUCUGAUGCAGCCAAGGCGCUCAUUUGCCAGAAAGCUGAACAUACAUUUGCUGCAAUGCCAUGCGGUAUCAUGGACCAAUUGAUUUCCGUAAUGGGUCAAGAGAAUCAUGCCCUCCUCAUUGAUUGCCAGAGUGUCACCGCCCAGCAGAUUCCCCUGAUGAGCGAUGAGCUUGUUCUACUCAUUUGUAAUUCCAAUGUGAAGCACGAAUUGUCCUCGAGUGAGUACCCCACUCGGAGGAAGCAAUGCACUGAUGCACUAUCCGCUAUGGGAUUCACCAGCUAUCGUGAUGCUAAAACGACAGACUGUCUCACUGCUGUUAAGGAUCCUGUUCAGCUGAAGAGGGCUCGGCAUGUGAUUACGGAGAUUAAGAGGACACAGGAGGCGUCAGAAGCUCUCUCGAGACGGGAUUUUGUCACAAUGGGACGCCUCAUGGUGGAAUCCCAUCAAUCCCUUCGUUGGGAUUUUGAGGUGUCGUGUCGUGAAUUGGAUCUGCUCGUGGACACGGCUGUGGCAUGUGAGGGGGUUUUGGGGUCUCGUAUGACAGGCGGUGGAUUUGGUGGGUGCACCGUAACUCUCGUGAAAAAAUCCCACGUACAGGAAGUGAUUGAUCGCAUUGCUGUGGCGUAUUGCACAUUGGGUGGUACACCAACCUUCUACCUUGCCACCCCAAGUGCUGGCGCCCGUCUCAUUUCACCGUGAUUCCAAAAAAUCCAUUUCUCCGAUUGAAUUACAUUCCAUUUCCUGGCGGAGGAAGGGUGUGGGAGCAUGCGGAGGAGCUUAAGGGAGGUCUCUUUUGAGAGCUGCUGGUGAAAUUACAUAUUUUUAUUUUUCUUGGGGUUUUUCCGGUUUUUCUUAAGCUUGGUUUUCAAUUGUUAGUUACAUUUAAAGAUUUAUUAAUUAAAUAGUAAGAAAUUACUUUCCGCCAUCUUAGGUGCGACGCCAUCUUGUGAUUUUCCUCAAAAUGUAGAUUUUUCUCAGGAUCUACUGGAUGGAUUUUGAUGGGGUAAAAAGCAAAUGAAAGAGGAAGUAUCACCGAACAAUGUACCGGAACGAUUUUUUGAAUUUCCAUUCAGAAGCUAUGAAAAGUGCAUAAGAAUAUUUUUCUACUUUUCUCAGCUAAAAAGUCGAAAUUCCAAAAUCUGUUCUGGUACAUUAUUUGUUGAUGCUUCCUCUUUCAUUUGCUUUUUACCCCAUCAAAAUCCAUCCAGUAGAUCCUGAGAAAAACCUUUGUGUUUUGAGAAAAAUCUCAAGAUGGCGUCGCACCUAAGAUGGCUGAAAGUGAUUUUCUUACAUUUCAGUAAUUAGGCUGCAAAUGUAACCAACAUCGGAAAACCAAGUUUAAGAAAAACCCCAAGAAAAAAAAGCAUUAAAAAUGUGUAAAUUCUAACAGUUUUCCCAAGAGACCCCCCUUAAACGUAAAGGAGAGAAAAAUAAAAAAGAAAAGUGUAAAGAAUCGUAAAUCAAUUUCACAUUAAAUUCAGUUGGAAUUUAAAUUUUUGGUGCGUGUCAGUCGUUUGGAUGUAAUUUGAGAAAUUGAUUCAAGUGCACCGGCUUGUCUGCACAGAGUGAAUGGGAGUAAGAUUAAUCGAAUCGUAUUCAAUUUCCUCCAACCCUUUUACUCUCCUCAUUGCACGCGCAAACACCACCGGAGAAGGAGAAAAACUUUCAUAUAUAAGGAGGAAGUCUUAUAACUAUUUAUGAGCAACGGAAACAAGCGUGAAGGCAAUGAAAUUCAAUGAGACUCGCGCUUCUCUUGGAGGCGAAUGCACACAGAGAAGGAAAUUCCUUGAUUUGCCAGAAGAAGAAAAAGUAAGAAAAAAGAAGAAUUUUCCAACUAAAACUCCACAGGGAAGAUUAUUUCUUCGCUGCUGAUACUUUUGCAACUCAUCUGUCCCCAUGGGAAAUGUUGAGUGCACAGUCUUGCAGAAUUGCUAAUGUGACGAAAUCAUAAAGUUAGUCUUUUGAAAAAUUUUUAUCUCUUCAAUUUUCACUCGUGGUCCGCAUUUCCCUGAUUGUUAACGCUGAAUUGCACCAUCAUGGAAUGAAGGAGAUGCAAUUUCCGAUAAUUUCUCUUCCUGGAAGUAUAUUUCUGUAAAGGGCAAAUCAUAAUAAAUUAAAUUAAUAC